GAAGAAGAAGGGGGAGAGAGAGAGAGAGAAAAAAAAAAGAAGACUAAAGCGACGAAGAAGAAGAGAAAAUGAACGCGCCGCCGGCUUUCGAGUCUUUUUUAUUGUUCGAAGGAGAGAAAAAAAUUACAAUAACCAAGGACACCAAGGUGCCAAAUGCUUGUUUAUUUACGCUGAACAAAGAAGACCACACUCUGGGAAACAUCAUCAGAUCACAGCUGCUGAAGGAUCCUCAGGUGUUGUUUGCUGGGUACAAGGUUCCUCAUCCGCUGGAGCACAAGAUUGUGAUUCGGGUCCAGACGACACCUGACUACAGUCCUCAAGAAGCCUUUACAAAUGCCAUCACCGAUCUGAUCAGUGAACUGUCUCUGCUGGAGGAGAGGUUCAGAGUUGCCAUUAAAGACAAGCAGGAAGGAAUUGAAUGAAGGAUGCAGCUGUGUCGAACUACAGAUGUUUACUGACCACUGUUCAAGCCUCUUCUAGGAGCUUAACCUGUUCAGUUUGUCCUUUUUGGCUCUGGGCUUCUCCACAUUGCAGUACAGAAACCCUUUAAGACUGUUAAACCUGUCUGAAGUCAGAUUCAGCUUAAAUAUAACUGUUAACAGGAUUAUGGUUUAUACCCUUUGUAUUGUGGCACUAUUCUCUUGGUUUUCGGUGCCAUAUGUGCAUACUUUGGCACUGAAACAAACCUUUUAUGUGUGGUGUUGUUUUUUUUUCCAUGAAUAAAUGUAAUUUUGAUA